AUGUUGCCAUUUGAACCAAGCUUUUUCAAGUUCGAGGUUGAGGUUCGGUCACGUGCGCUCAAAACUUCUGUUCCGACUGGUCGGACCCCCGAACCUCAUCCGCACCUCUUGACCUUCAUUCAACACCGUGCCCACCGUCCUUCGCGACUGCGCAUCACAACAAUGUCGGCACGCGCGCCAACCCGAAUACCUCGAACAAUAUACCGCAAAUGCAUCGUUCCGAGACCCAGCGCUCGUCCCUUUUCCACAACACUCCCUACGGCCAGAGGAAGGAGAUCGGACCACAUAGGUACUCAAGAGUUUUGUAAAAAUGUUCGAGGGACACCAAUGCACGCACAGCGGCAGGAACAAUUGGGCAAUGAAAAGACCCUACAACAGGAUAUUGGGAUCAUUCCUGGAUCCUUCAUUCGCGCGCCAAUGUCCAAGUUGAUCUCGUCGUAUCCCUUGACAAAGAUUACGAGCUGGAAAACUAUAAUUUUGUAUCAUUGGCGGUUCCUUCAAGCGACUGUCAAGGCUGCCGUUGCGAACGUUCGUCUAUGGUGGCAAAUCCGCCCUCCCACCAUGCAUGUUCUACCCUGGAAACAGAAGGAAGCAAAGAACCUCGCUCUGGCGAAAUACACGCACCUUUACCAGUCGUUUGCACGGGGCGACUCCAAAGCCAUAUCUGAUAUGUGCUUAGACGCUGUCGCGGCUCGCUUCCAGGAGCGUAUUGCCGCUCGCCCACGCGGCCGAGUCAUGCAGUGGAAAGUAUCGAAUCCAUCUGUCCGCAUCGUUUCGAACCGCUCCCAAUUGGUAAGCGAAACCGGAUCCGAUACAUUGGGCUUUCAGCAGAUCGUUUUUCGAAUCAAAUCUGCCCAAUCCCUCCUCAGACCGGGAGAACAAAAGACAGUGCAAAAUAAGGGGGUGAUUGAGUACAUGGUCUUGCAGCGAGUCUUGUCGCGAGGCCAGUUCAAUGACUGGACUGUAUGGGGCUUUACGAACGAGUGGAUGCCGCAGAAUGUCGAGGAGAACGCAGCGUAUGAAUCGCAUCUGCAGAGAUACCAGGCGCAACAAGUUAGUUAG